CGCAACCAAUUAGGCUACGAAGACCCCCUAAAAGUAUUUUUUUCAAUACAAAAUACAAUAAAAUUUAUUCGAUACAAAAUAGGGUAAAUCCUGCCAAACGAACAAUCCUAAUUUGUUGUGUACAAGCUGUUGCGUCAAAACAAACAAACUGUCACGAGCGUGCUCUCGUUUUUACUCAUAAUCUGGAAAAUAACAACAAUCCAAUCCUGGACAAUGAUCGAAACUAGAUAAUCACCAUAAUUUUCUUCAAAUUGCCACCCAUUCGGACGAGUGAUGUCCACAACCGAGCUGGAGAGCUGCUUCACCUGUCUUCGACGGACCGAUAACUUCCUCUGCAUUGCCGAGAGGGACGACUUAAGCGGAGAAAAUGUCGAAGCAGUCUUCGCGAAGCAUUUUUGGUUUUCCAGAGAUGAAUAUCGGGGUCGGUCGGUGUGUACCAGUUGCUGGGAAAAGAUCGAUGAAUUUCACAAAUUCUACUGCGAGGUGGAGCUGUUUCACAAUCGUGGCGUGCUGAUGAACAUUAAAGUCGAAACGCUUGACGAUUGCGCCAAGGAAUACGAAGUGCUGAAAACAGAGAGUGAUGAUAGUAGACGAAACGAACAAAUAGUUGAUAACACGGAAAUACCGGAGGGAAGUCACCAAAACGCUCCGGUAUUCGUAGAACCCAUCUGCGAACUGGAUCUGAAACAUGAAUCCUCUCAUAACGCUAGAAACAUGGACGUAGAACGUGUGAAAACUGACGAAGAAAGUGAAAACGAUCCUUGCGACACGGAAGUUGAUGAUAUCGACGUCGAUGAGAUAGAAGAUUUGAAGCCGACCGAUCGAACAGGAAUUAAAGUACCGAGCGACGAUGAGUCAGGUUCUGAUGUACCGUUAGCAAGGCGGUUGGCGGCCCGCAGGAAGAGAAGGGUUGCCACUAGGAGAAAAAUAGCGGGACCAAGGUGUCGGAAAGAGAAGUCUGAUAACGAUGAGCUGAAUGAGUUUAUUCGUCAGCGCAUGGAUAUUACCUGUCAUAAAUGUGCCGAAGAGGGUAACAAACCAGAGGGCGGCGAAAUCUUUGAGUCGUUCUAUCGACUAAGAGAGCACUUUCGUAGGGUGCACCACAGACCGAACGGGUACGUGUUCUGUUGCAAUAAGAAGUGGUCCACGAAGACUGGACUGGCGGAGCAUCUCAAUAACCACGAACCGUUGAAAAGUGAUCGUGGUCGGUGUGUGGAGUGUAACUGCAUUUUCAAGGAUAAGAGCAGCUAUGCGAAUCAUAUGUUUCUGGUCCACACGCCGGAGGAUCAGAAGCAAUUUAAGUGCGAUCGAUGUGCGAAGGCAUUUGCAGCCGAGGAUCUGCUCAGCAGUCACACCAAGUGGCAUGAAGAGGUGGAGAAAAAAAAUCACUAUUGUGCUCUGUGCAAUAAAUAUUUCAUGAGCGCGCGAAAUUUGGAAAACCACAAUCUGAAUCACCACAAUUUCGGGGAGAUGUCCGCCACAGGGCAAGAUAAUGUUGUCGAGCAGAGGGGUGCGGAAUGGAUGGAGCAAACGGUGGAGAUUCCGACCAAUCGCACUUCGCCAGCAAAAAUGAAACGACCCGUAGACGAUGCCGCGAAGCAGGAUGAGCUGAUUCGGAAGUUCAUCACGCUGAACUGCUCCAAGUGCGACUUUGUGGGACAAACGUUUAACAAGUUAGCUUACCACGCACUGAAGGUGCACAAAAUGAACUCCCAUUCGGUGGUUUGCUGUGAUCGGCGCUUUGGCAAGCGUCAUCGAUUGUACGAGCACUGUUUGAGGCACUUAAAUCCGGAUCACUUCAAGUGUGAGAUUUGUGGGAAGACUUAUGCCGACAGCGCGGGUUUGCAGAUUCACAACUGGUGGAUUCACACUCCGGUAUCGGAACGGCCCUUCAAAUGUGACAUUUGUGGUGCCGCCUUCGUGAAGGACUAUUUGCUCAAGCAGCACACAAACUGGCACGUGAACAAGGAACGCAAAACUCAUUUCUGUGAGCUUUGCAACAAGGCAUUCUGCAAUUCGAUCCAGCUGAAGGCGCAUCAUCAGAAGAAGCACGGAGCCGUGUGUGAUUGGGUGUGUGACAUUUGCGCUAAGGGUUUCGUCCACCGGGCGCUGCUUGAGGAGCAUCGGUUGACUCACACGGAGGAAGGCCUAGCCAGUUUGAAGAUACAGUGUGAGAAGUGUCAGAAAUGGUUAAUCAACAAGAAAAGUUACUUGAGGCAUAAACGACGCUGCUACGAUACCAACGGACCGGUGAAGUGCGAUAUUUGCGGUAAAGAAUCGGUAAACGAGGCUGCCCUGAUGGGUCAUAAGAACUUCCACCAUUCCAAUCGGCCCAUGUUCACUUGUGCUUACUGUGGAAAGGAGUUUAAAACACAACUGAGGUUGAAGGAACACGAAGCUACCCAUACCGGUGUGGUGCUGUACCAGUGUCCGUACUGUCCCAGAACUUCCAAUUCGAGCUCGAAUAUGUAUACCCAUAAGAAGUCAGCUCAUCCAGAGAAGUGGGCAGAGGAGGUCGCAUCGCGUUAUUAUACACGAUGAAAUUAAUGUAGUAAAGUAAUUGAAUGCUAGUUGUGGAUUAAUAAAUAUUUAUAA